UUUUAUGCCGCCUUUCCUUGAAGAAAAAGUCUCUUCAGCCUAGUCCAUUUUCCAUUUCAUACCGUGGAUCUAAAUAGGAAGGCAUUUCAGUAACUGAUCCUAAUCCUAAAAGUUGUUUUAGGGAGAUAGAUUUCAGCAUCCAUGAAAGUCCCAAUUAACUUUGUUGGAGCCUCAUGUUUAUAUGACUUCAGUGUGAAGCAACUUGUCAGAUGUAGGCCUAGGUUUUGUUCUUUUUAGUUAGAGUGAAAUAGGCUGAGACCUGUUGAGUUGUCAUUUUAUAGGUACUCACUUCUCCCAUUUCCCCUUUAGCAAACAUUUAGUUUCUUCUGAUGUUGUGGGUACUGGCCCAUAUCACCCAGAAAGGAAUGCCUCCUGCAGAGCAAGGAGCAAUCUUUUCUUUGUGCUAAUCCCUCUAGGUGUGAUUAAGGUUUUUGUUAUCUUGCGAGGUGCUAAAUGUUGUGGACACCCUUUGUAUUCUAAACAUAAAACACCUUUGCGACAAUAGUUUUAACAGUGUAGUGCAUUUUUUUUAAUUCCCUUAUUCCUGUACACUGUUUCCAUGCCUCCAACACCACCAAUUCCACUUCUAUAAGGCAGCUAUGAUUAAACAAAAUUCAUGUCAUUUAUUCAGUUUUUCAUUGUACCCAUGUUAAUCUAUGGUAUACUGUUCUUGAAUAGCUGUAGCCUCUUCAUUUCUUGUCUGAAAAUGCUUAGUGAUUGAGAGAUUAGACUGUCUUUAGUUGUAUCUUAUGUAGCAGCACUUGAGUCUCAUUAAAUAUAAAUACUGGGUCAGCUAUGAGUUUGAGCAUGUGGAGGAGGAUGGGAUAAAGCAGGCUCCAUGUCCUUGGUUUAGUGUGUAUUCUGUCAAUCCCCAGAAGUAAAUUUAGAAAUGUGUUUGCAAAUAGAAAACUGUAACCAGUGAUCAGCACUGCGUGGGGGUAACAGUUACAACCUCACCUGCGUUAAAAUAUUCAGCAGCAGAGGGGCAAAGAAUAAGCUAGAAACCUCCACUGUACCAAAUGAUACCCUCAAGCUUAGUGUUAGCCUUUUUAUUAAUGGAUGAUGCUGGUGAUGCAAUACACUUUUGCAGAUCUGGGUAAUGGUAUUUGACUGUUUUUCUUCCCACAGUUAGGUACUAAACACCUUGUCUGUCCUGUCAUACCAUUUGAAAAUGGAUUCACUCUAGUAAUGAUAGGUAACCCAGUACUAAUAAGUGUAGAGUCAUAGUUUGAUCUCUGUACCUUUGAAAUUGGUAAGAAAACAUGGAGAAUUGAAAGGAAACAUGGCGAAAGUAAAUGAUUCCAUUCUAAAGACUUGUGAAGUGUUUGCUUGAUCCUUCAUUCUUGUUUUUUCUGAUCUCUCUUUGUCAGUGUUAAUAUUUUGAUAUGUCUAAUCUUAAUGUAUAUUCACACAGAGCCAUGUUUAUAUAAGACUCCAAAGAGAUCCCUGAAUAACCGAUCACGGUUACCUACCUUCAGUUCUCCUGUCAAUGAUACUGAUAUACAGCAUGAAAUUUUUUGGGAUCCGCAUUCACCAAUUGCACACCAACUAGGUAACGAAAGAAAGAAAUGCGCUACCCGUAGAUGUACAGUUGAAAUUUCAGAUAUUGUUAAUCGUAUUGCUCCUCGGGAUGAAAAACCAGCCAGUUAUGAAGGAUCUCUUCUAGGCACAUGGAUUGGUGAAAAUGCCAUUCCCUGCACACCUGCAGUAGCAAGGACAGCAUUAAAUGGAACAAGAGUUCUUAAAAGAAAGAAUAGUGAAGAGGAGCUUAUGAAAUUGGCUGAGGAAUUUGAUAAAAAUCUGGUUGAGCUAGAUGCAGUCCAGGACCAAGAAGUUCAUUGCCAUGAUUUUCUCCAGACUACCUCAGAGGCAGAGGCUCUACAUAAUUCUAAAGAUGAUGUACAGAUAAAAAAUCUGCAGUCAUUCCUGAAUGAAGUUCCUGAAGCAGAUGCAACUCUGUCCUUAAAACCAGUUAGAGAGAGCACUGGCAUCCCUGUAACGGAGCACUUUCAUACUAGCAGUCAGAAGCCUGUAGACCUUGAGGCUGAAUUAGCCCUCCGUGCCCUUUUUGAUUGUUCUACUCAGAAAUGCAGUGGACAGUUAAGCCAAGGCCUGUCGGGGAUUUCCUUAAAUAAUUGUUCUGAUGAGAAGAAAAGUACCCUGGAAGAAGAGAAAUGCAUUUCUCAGGAAAUGACACAAACAAAGGGACAUGUUGGUGAAGAGAAAUGUCAAAAGCAAAACUCAACCACCACGUUAGGAAAUGGUAAUCGCAUUGCAGCUCCAGAAACUAAUAUCUAUUUGCUGCCAAAGCAAAAUAUAGCUUCCGCAAAGACGGAAUCAGUGGCUUCCAGUAAACCUGCUCAAAUAGUUCAUGAUGAUUUUGAUGAGUGGGAUACUGAUUUAUUGGCAGAUGACUCCUUCGUAAUGCAAAUUACUCAAAAUCCUGAACUGCUAAGUACAGAAAAUGCAUCACCAACUACUAAAACAUGUACAGACUCUUUUAAUGGCAUUGGUCAAGCUAAAUACAAACCAAAUAGUUCUCAUUCAGUAGCUGGUAUUUCAGCCGAGUCCAGCAGUUCUCAAUAUGUGCCCCUGAAACGAUAUAGUGAAACCAUACAGGAUACUACAAAUUCAUUUCCUUUUCAGGAGCCAAGUAAUGGAACAGAAAAUACAAAGCUACAAAAAGGCAGUUUGUAUGGGAAGCAAGAUGUUAAAGGUGAUGGAAUAAAUUAUGCUGGAAAAGGUGCUCCAAAUAGAGGUUCUGACCAUAUUCCUAUUUCAGUACAGUCUGGAGUUAAUGCAAAGGAAAGUAUUCAGUCAAAAAGUGGCUUCACUACUUAUUUUCCUGUAAAAGGAUCCUCUUCAGUCUUUGUACACUCUAAUCCACAUAGAGCACAGACUGGAAAAUAUGGAAAUAAGACACACAAUAUUUUUCAUCAAUCAUCCAAUGUUUCUACUAAUACAAAACCUAAUGAUCUAGUGAAAGUGGUUAGCCAAGCCAGUACAGGUCAGCUAAACCAGGCUGAAUUGCCAAAGAAAUGUUCUGUGUCAUUUGAUGACUGGAAUGAGCCUAAGUUCUCUGAUGAAGUUUUAGAUAUGUUUUGUGAAUCUGAGAGUCUUUGGAACACAAACUGUGAGGAUGAUGAAUUAUUGUAUCAGGUGUGUGAUGAUGUGGAAAAGCAGACUCAAAGCCAACACAUUAAACAAGGAAAUGAAAGAGACAAAAUUACACAAGGAACCAAUAUUAAUUCCAGAUCUAGUGCUGAUAAGAGUUUUAUAGCAUCUAAACAAGGACUGUCUGAUCACCCACUAGCAGAAAGAAUCAACAUAAAAAAGGAAACUAUUUCAUUAAACACUUCUCAUACAAACUCCUCAAAGGUUACAGACAGACUGACUACAGUGGGAAACGUGAACUGUAGAGACUUGUCAAAUGUUAUAGCUUCAGUCACAGACAUUCCUACACUACCCAAGUAUACGCAUUUUCAGACUUAUAAACAAACUGCUUCUGGAACAAAUAAUGUUCCUGGAAAAUGGCAUAGGUCUAAUUCAGUGCCUGUAGGAGGAUGUGAUUCUGAAAUUUGUCCAAUUAGUACAUUGAACACACGUAUUACUGCUUUUAAUAGUAAAGUGUUGCACAGCCAAGGUCUUCCACAUAACACCGGAAACAUACAAAAUAACAGUUGUAUUAACAAAAUGUCAAAUAAAAUGUCAGUUGUGCCUUCAAAGUUUACAUUCAAAAAGAUUAACACUUCUCAGGCUGCUGUUCAUGUAGAUCCUAAAACUAUAGAAGGCAGUUCAGGAAUCCGAGUUCCACAACAUGGUUUAGAGGACAGCAAGAAUCAACUAAAUGUCCCUUUCCGUGGGAAGAUGGAAAUUAAUCAGAAACCACCUUUUAAGAGGCAGGUUUCAGUCACUUUUGCACAGUCUACAACAGUGUCUGUGAUGGAACAGAAAAAUAGAAAAUGCUCCCAAGAAGAGAUUGAAAAAAAAAAGCAAGAAGCUCUUGCACGACGAAAAUCUAGAAUGCAGGCAUGUCUCAAUAAUACUUGAACUUUGUUUUGGAUUUUUCUUCUGCUAACUAAAAAAAUCAAUGUAAGAACUGACCUACUGUCUUAAAAUGAUCUGUGAUGCCUGAUUUUGAUAUUUUCUUACCUCUUUCCUGAGAUAUUUUGAAGCCUUUGUUAGAUCACUGACGUACUUGCUUACUUUCAGUUAUAAAAGGAUUACAGUUCAGAGAGAACUUUUUUCUUAGCAGCCAUUCCAGUGAGAUUCAGUAUUGUUCUCUCCAGUACUAUUGCAUAUUGCAACUGAGUGGUUUAAAAUUCAUGUGAAUUACAAUUAAAGUAUUUUUUUAAAGGAUUAAAGCCCUUUAAAGUUUAUUUGCCUACUUCUAUUUUUUUUGUGUUUCUCUUAAUUAUGGGAAAGCUCUUUUAAUCAAGAAAGUGAGUGUGUUCAGCCAUUUUAUAUUAAUUAACUGCUUUUAUUCUCAAACUGGCUUUAAUAAACUUGAAACAUACCUAGUGUAAGUUGAAGCCUAAAAAUUCAGCUUUCAAAGCAGGAUCUAACACUCACUGGCUGAAAUAAGCUUAGGCAUCAGAAAACUAGUGCAAAUACAAGCAAUUUGGAGAGAUUAGGGUUAGUCUAUUUCUAUUAAAUAACAGUAUGAUCUACACAAGAUUAAGAAAGAGUCUACUAUAGCAGCUGGCUAAUCUGCAAAUUACAGUAUCCUGAAAAUAAAGUAAACUGUUCUCUUUUUAUUAUUUCCAUUAGAAGUUGAAGAUAAUUUCAUGAUUAAUAUUUCAAGUGGCUAAUUAGGCCAGCCAUCCUGAACAA